UAUAAAGGAUCUACUUGGUUGAAAGUAGCGAAAAUGUCGAAAAUCAAAAAGUUUUUCUCCAGGAAAAAGGAGGAAGCCGCUUUUAAGUUAAAACUAGGUGGCGGAAUGGGACAAGGCCGAACCUUAAACGCUGCACCAUCGCCACCGAACAGUUCAAACUCUAAAUCCGGAAAUGUCUAUGUGCCACCCAAACGACAAGAAAUGAGUUCGGAGGCACGUCAAGCAGCAUUAGCAGCACUAGCUCGUAUAGAGAAGAGAGAGACGAAAGAUUUCAAUACCUCUCUGGCAGCUAUCAAAGCUCAAGCGAAACGGGAGUUGGAAGCAGAACAAAAACUACGGACAGAAGAGCUGAGCGUAUCAUCGGGGCCGUCAAGCACAACGACAAAAAGGAAUAUGGCCUGCGAGGGAGUAUUUUUUCGAUGCCCGUUAAUAAGUGAGGAAAUUUUAUCCAGGAAAGAUUGGAAAAUUAAAAUAAAAGAGUUUCUAUAUCAACAAUUGGAUUCGGAACGAGCAUUGACUGCGUGUUUGAUAAUAUGUAACUGUAACACACGUGAAAAGGCUGAUGAUUGCAUACAAACACUUUCAAAAUAUCUUGAGAACAUAUAUAACCAUCCCGAGGAAGAGAAAUACUAUAAAAUUAGAAUGUCCAAUAAAAUUUUUAAUGAGAAAGUUCGUUAUGUAGAGGGAGCUUUGGAUUUUCUGCUUGCAGCUGGUUUCCGUGAGAUUGAUAUCGAUGGUGAACCAUUUCUCCUUUGGUCUAAAGAAAACGUUGAAAAUGAUUAUGAUUUGCCAAUCUUGCUAGAUGCUUUGAAGAAUGCUGAAACUAUACAACUUGAUUUAGACAGAAACAUUAGAGUUCUAAUGCCUUCUCAGGCUCGAAGUGCAGAGCUGCCUGAUGAUUUCUAUCGAAUCUCUCCAGCGGAAAUCAAACGUGAACAACAGUUACGCAGUGAAGCUAUUGAAAACUCGCAAGUAUUACGAACAAAGGCAAUGCGAGAACGGGAAGAACAACGUAAUUUGCGUUUAUAUCGUUUCGCAUUGAUAAGAGUUAAAUUCCCAAAUGGUAUUUAUAUUCAGGGCACCUUUAAUGUUUACGAAAAAAUUAGAGAUAUAUAUGAAUUUGUGCAAUCGUGUCUUAUCGACGAAAAUUUGGAUUUUAAUUUAGUUACAGCAAAUGGUGUUAAAUUCACUGAUGAAGAUAUGGAAAAGACUUUAUAUGACUUGCGACUCAUUCCAAACAUUGUGUUGCUGUUUACGAUACCUGGCGCAACCACCUCAUUGGCAUCUGAUACGAAUUUUUUGAAAGAAGAAUUCUUGAUGUUGGUGUAAAAGAUCUAAAAUUAAAUUUUUCAGAAUAUUAGUACAGAUUAUAAGUAUUUAAGAAAAUGUUAUAUCUAUGACUGCGUGGGAUAUUGUGCGUUAAUAUUUUUGUGAUGCGGCACAUCACAGUUUCCUUUUCUCAAAAGGUUUUUAAAUGGCAAAAACCCAAUAAAUUACGUCUACAGAAACUCCAAUCCAUUGAAACAAUUAGCAUGAAACCUAAUGCAUUGUUUCGAUUAGUUUCGUCAAUUCGAUCCUAAAAACUCAUUGAAAUUUCGUUGAUUUAAUCGAUAGUUGAUUUGCAAAGUAUAAUUUCAACACCAAAUUCAGCAAACAAUUAUUGAAUUUAUUGAAUAUUAACUUUGACU